CACUCCUGUUCAACGUAUACAAGUUCGCUGCACGAUCAAAGUUCUCUCUUCUGUUCGCCAGCGUCUUGGCCUUUCCAUCUUGUACAACCGACACUAUCCCUUAUCAACUCUGCAGCACACGCAUCAACAUGUCCACCGUCAGCUGGCCUCAUCGCUUCCUCCCCGGCACCACCGAAAACUUCGUCUCCAAUGAAAUCUUCGUUCCUCAGCUCACCGCCACCCGCGUCUGGCCGAACCUUGUCGACCCGGCACGCUGGACAUCGUACUACUCCAACGUGGACCAAAUAACACCCCCCUCCUCCGGCCCGACACUCCAAAACAAGGGCGACCGAUUCAGUUUCGCCACAUUCGGCUUCCCGCCGCUCCAAGCAGAAGUGUGUGAGUCAGUGGCGCCGACUUCGAACUCGCCAGGCCGGUUGGCGUGGCGCGCGUGGCAGGAAGGGGACGAGGAGACAGCGCUGGAGGUCUAUCAUGCGUGGAUCAUCGAGGACAUGGAGUGGGGGGUGGUGCGCAUUUUGACACAGGAAGUGCAGGCCGGGCAACCGGCAGCCGGGUUGGCAGAGAAGAAACCGAAUCCCAUGUUGCUGGGACAUCAGGAAUGGGUGGAGGGCCUGGCCAAAUUUAGUCUGCAGAACUUGGGCAGUAUCCCAGUGCAGCCGUCAUAAUGGAUAUCAAUCUUU